CUAUUUCUGAUCUCGACACACCAUGCUCACCCCAACCCUCCGCCUCCCGGCCAUGACCAUCAGGACCACCCCAUCGCUGCGCCUCAUGUCAACAACAAGCGCCCUCCGCGCGCAGGGCAAGGCACCCAAGCCCCCGCUCCAAGAGACGCGUACGGGGCCAAUGAGCGAAAAGGACUUGCCUAACCAUCCCGGGUACACGAGCUACGAGCAGGAGGCCACCUCUGCUCAUCCGAAGGAUAUGAAGACUCCCAGUGGGGGAAGCGCGCCGAAUAGCACGACGCCCAACGCCUCGACUCAAGCGGAUCCCCCGCACCCUGCGUUGGAGAAGAUGGUACACGGUGCGGAGCGUGAAGGAUCUGAUGCGACUGGACCGGAGGAGCGUACGCAGAAGGUGUGGGCCGCGAACGCGAGGGCUGCAGAGUUCAACCGCGAGGAGGGAAGACGUAACCCUGUUCUUGACGGAGGAUCGCACGAAGGUGGUCUGCGAGAAGAUGGAAAGGGUAGCAAGACGUAGAGAGGGCGGUACGGGUAGGGGACAAUGGUAAACCGACCUGGCGCCCUUCUGCGAGAGACUGGACGUCUGGCAAAUGCGAAGCACUUCGCGUUGUACGUCUGCAAGACACGAUGACUCAAUGAUCAUCGCUAUGAAGUCGAGCUCAGAUGGAAGUGCGAAGUUGACGCAGACGGCGUGGGGCCCUCGAGACUCAGGGCUGCGGGCCAGCGAGCCAGUGAUUCGAGCGUCGGCUGGGCACCAGUGUCCCACGCUCUCCGACGCUUCGUCUCUUCUGCUCCUCAACAACGGCAGCGAGAGCAGACCCUUCAGACCGAGGAAUUGACAGUCUGAUGAUUGCUUAGCGGGAACCAAAGUAGGCGCGUAAGGCGUGCAAAGGGUCAAGUACAGA